UUGUGUCUCCAGACCCGCAGCUCCGCCGCAAAGACUCGCUCGAGGUCGUCGAGGGGUACAAGGGGGGGAUCAGGGGGCCCCCGACCAGCCCCGAUGCGGCGGAGAAUGGGAAUGUCAUGGCGGCAGACGCUGGCAGGGGUAGAUAGGUAGGUAGGUAGGUAGGUAGGUAGAUUGCCGCGGGGACAUUGGUAUGGCCAGGUAUGGCGAGACGAGUAGGAUGCACGUCGCGAUGAGCUGACAAUGAGUGAAUCACUGAUGGAAGGUUCGCGAAAUACAAUCAAGUAAACGGCAACCAGGUGACACUUCUUUCUCUGGGAGAAGAUACGAGAAAGCGAGCACGCGAAUGCGAAUGUAAGGGGAAAGAGCCCGCGUGCGCGCGCGCCUAUUUCAGCGUCAUGUAUCUGAAGAGAGUGCUGCUGCUGCUCGUUGUUUGUGGUAUCUCAGGAGUGAAAAACGCGCUCGCCGACGCCGAGACGCGAAGCGGCCAGACACAUGAUGCCGGCACGACCUCGGUGAACAUCGGCAAGUGUUGCGAACCCGGGGAGCUGCUGCUCGACGAUCGGUGCACGCCGUUGCCGGAGACCAACGAGACCGAGUGGCGACCGGAGUUCGUGGCUGAACCGCGAGACGCGGCAACUGGGAGAUCGAGAUUCGUCGAGCCCAGAUACGAACUGAAGAUCGGACGGCCCAGGUGCAGCCCCAACGAGCAUCAAUGGCACGUAUACUAUUAUCCAGCAGGACCGGAUCGUCUGGCGAUUCUGCCAACCGGUGUGUUACGUCACUACAUCGUCGAUUUGACAGCCAAAGUGGUGAACGAGGACAGCGACGUCUACGGCGCCGCGAUGUCCAAUUUCAACGGCAACGAUGACGACGACGACAUUGAACGCGCGACCAUACAUUAUGAUUAUCCAUUCGGGCAUUAUUGCGCUGACAAGGUGGUGCUCACUGGCGAUCAGCUGGUCGCGACGUAUGCCAUGCUCUGCGUGCCGGAUGUCACCGCGCGUUGGACCGACACCGACUACCUGAUGAGGCACGCGAUCGAUCCCGCUUUCCACGCCGUGUCGAUGGCCUGUUAUCUGAUCGUCGCGGUGGUUUACUUUGUGCUGCCGCAGUUGCGUGACCUUGUCGGCAACAUCAUCUCUAGCAUGGCUCUCUGCCUUGUGGCCAAUCAAUGCGCCUCCACCGUCAGGAUAUUCACAGAGUUCGGCAAUCACGUCAGCUUCAUGAUUGCCGACAUAGUCAUGUACGUUUCCCUGAUGGCCGCCUUCUUCUGGCUCAGCGCUCUAGGCUACUACGUGUGGAACACCUUCAGAUCGCGCAACGUUUUCCUCAGGGUGACCGAUGGCAGAAAGUACUGCUACUACUCGUCCUGGGUCUGGUGCCUGACACUCUGCAUAGCCGUUACCGCGAUCUUCGCGCAUUUCGCCCUCGAGACUAACAAGCCCAUCGUGGGUGGCACGACCUAUCCCGCUCAAGAGACCGUGGGUUGGCUCGGAAUCUCCGUCAUGUUCACGUGUAUAGCCUUCACCGUCGUGAUCGAUCUCUGCUUGGUGUUGACGACCGCAAACAGGAUCAAACGGAUGAGCACGUACGGUCGAAUUCAUCACAAAAUGAAGUACAGCUUUCGCAUGUUCGUCCUUCUGUACGCAAUCCUGAGCACGGGCUGGUUCUCGCUGAUACUUUCGCAGCUCAAGUACGAUGCUCUGAUAUACUGCCAUAUCGUUGUGAACCUGCUACAGGCAUUGUUCGUGCUCUACGUAUGCGUGUUCGGUCAACGCAGGGUCACAUUCUUACUCGGGAAAACGUGCAACUGUUGCAAUUCUGGUGACAACACUGAGGGUCUCGAUUGGGGCGAGGAGAUGACAGCCAUCAACGCGGGUUAUUAACGCGACAUUUAUUUUUUUAUACGUAGAUUACGAUCUGUGACGCGUAACACGAUCCUAAUCGGAAUCAUAAUCGAGCAA